AUGAGCGACCAGCAUGAAGCGAACUCGCUCACGGACGAGCAAGCCGACGCCCUCCUCGACAUGGACGACGCGGAAGAGAUGAUCGAGCACGAUGAAGACGCCGCCAUGGACUCGGGAGACGAAGACGGCGAAGACGGAGAGGAUGUAGACGUCGAGGGACCGCUAGAGGAGAUCCAGCUCCAGAACGACAGCGUGGCACACUUCGACGCACACAAGGACAGCAUCUACUGCAUAGCCCAACACCCUCUGCGACCGGAAAUCGUAGCCACAGGCGGAGGCGACGACAUAGCAUACAUCUGGGACUCAACGCCUGUGCAACCUGGCACUACUGCCAACGAGGGUCCCGUACUACCUAAGAGCUACGAAAGUAACCCACAACCGACGGAACGCCAAAGCCAACCCAUCCUAUCCCGGCUAGACCAACAAGACGAGACCGUAAACGCCAUAACCUUCCUCCUCCCCUCCGGCGACUACAUCGCCACCGGCACACUGGCAGGGAAACUCAACGUUUACCUCACCCUCUCCACCACAACCAACACGCUUACUCCUCAACCCGCCCACCUCCACGCCUCCGUCAAAGAAGUGGAAAGCAUCGAAUGGAUCCUCCCCUCCCCCCACAAAACCUACACCAACACUUUCGCCCUCGGCGCGUCCGACGGUAGCGUAUGGAUCUACACCGUGCAACCCACCACCACCACCUCCAAUUCCAACAACGAGGCGCCCCUAAUCCUAACCAAAUCCUUCUUCCUCCACCAAGCCCCCUGCACAGCCGGCGCCUGGACCCCCGACGGCAAAUUGCUCGCCACGGUGUCCGAAGACAGCAGUCUCUACGUCUGGGACGUCUUCGGCGAAGCUGCCGCGGCGGGGCUCACGGCCUCGAGUGGAUCGGAAGCCAUUGUAGCGCUGACAGCGGCGGACGAAAGGUUUAGGGUAGAUGGAGGGUUAUACUCCGUCGCCAUCUCGCCCGGAGGCGGGAUCGUCGCGGUCGGUGGGGCAGAAGGGCAGAUUCGGGUGGUCGGCCUACCUCGGCUCUCCGCCACGAACUCAUCGACCGGGACAACCGGCGCAAAGGGAGCAGGCGCCCGAUCCAAAACCGGCGGAGCGAAACAAGCACCCGCUCCCGCAGCAGCGAGCGCAGGCCAAACCGGCCAAAUCCUCGCCUCCCUGCAAGCCCAAUCCGACGGCAUAGAAACCCUCUCCUUCUCCCAACCCCCCCUCACCCUCUUGGCCGCGGGAAGCGUAGACGGCAGCAUCGCCCUCUUCGACGCCGCGCACAACUUCGCCCUACGUCGACAUAUCCCUGCCGCGCACGAGGAGGAAGCGGUGAUUCAGGUCGAGUUUGUGAAGACGCCGUUGGGGACGGUGAAUGAGCGGGGGUGGGUGUUGACGAGUGGGGGGAAUGAUGGGGUGGUUCGGAGGUGGGAUGUUAGGGGUGGGAGUACGGGGACGGGGACGGGUGGGGGUGGGGGUGAGGGACAGGGGAAGGGAGCGGGGAAGGGGUUGGUGGGGGAGUGGAGGGGACAUAGAGGCGGUGGGGACGGGGGCGGGGUGAUGGGGUUUGUGCAGGGGGGGUUUGGGGGAGGCAGGGUGGUUACGGCGGGGGAUGAUGGGGUGGGUUUGGUUUUUGAGGUGGAGUGA